AUGGCAUUUUAUAAUGAUUCCAAAUUAGUUCCUAUAAUACCAAUAGAUCCUAAUGUAGAAAUAAACUUGAUUUGUAAGCUAAUUUAUUAUAGACCCGAAGGUUAUUAUAGAACAGUUGAAAAAAUGUAUAAUGCAUGUAAAAAUGCAG